UCUAAAAAACCUUGUUUUAGAUUUGAGGGGAGAAUUAUCAUCACCCGUGUCUCUGCUGACAUCUCCCUGGCGAAGAAGAACGCGUUAAACAACCCCUCGAAACGCGCGUUGAUCGAGCGCACCAACUCAAGAGGCUCUAACCUGGCCGAGGUGCAGAAUGAGAUCGAGAGAAUAUUCGAACUCUCUAAAUCGCUUCAGUUGGUUGUGCUUGAUUGUGAUACUAUAAACCACCCCAGCCAACUACUCAAAACAUCACUCAACCCCAUCCUAGUCUACCUCCAGAUCUCCUCUCCCAAAGUGUUGCAGCGCCUAAUCAAGUCCCGAGGGAAAGCUCAGACUAAAAACAUGAACGUACAGCUGGUUGCAGCAGAAAAAUUAGCACAAUGUCCUUUAGAGAUGUGGGAUAUAAUCCUCCACGAGAACUCGUUGGAGGAGGCCUCCGACCACCUCUGUUCCUGGUUGGAGGAAUACUGGACAGCUACUCAUCCUCCGAACAGACAAAACGUUGAUAAUACGGUCACAAACACAAGAAUGUACAGACAAAGAGCAACUGAUGAAGAUUCUGAAUAUAUACGGAUGAGAGACAGAUACGAGGAAGAAUAAGGGAUGAAUAGAAGAGAAGAAAAUAACAAAAGAAAGACAAUAAAUCUCCAAUGUGAUCCCUUAGUGCUGAACCUUAAUAUUUAGGAUGAUAUGUCGUCUUCUUUACGUAGACAACAGCUGUUUUUAUACCAGUGAAAAUGGCGCCAAUGAUGUCAAUGUCGAAACAGAUUGGUUGUAAAUUCUUAUUCUGACUUUUUUUACCUCUUUAAUUUAAAUUCCAAAAUAAAACUGAUG